ACAGCCGGCGAGUGAUCGUGCGAUCACCCGCAACGGAAACGCCCCUAACAACACCCAACAGAAUAACGGAUUCAACUAUUCUAUUAAUAGCUCUAACAAGAGUAAAUCUAUUAAUAGAAUAAAUAUUAGCGCACAACUCGGUCUUAAUGGUGUUGGCGAGAGGGGUGGUGUUAUAGAAGACAAUCCGAAGCCCAUGACGCGAAUACGAGUGGAUGGCGUGCUGGUAAUGGCCAAGGACAAGCCGCUUCGUCUGAUGGAUGCAGAACGGGCAAUGAGAGAACUGGGAGUGCCCUCCCAUGAGCUUGGCUUUGAGUGCAGAUGGCCUCUCAGAGACCACUCCGCCAAUGCACAGAAAAGUAUAACAGACACCCAGGAACAGGCUGAGAAUAGACCCCCACACAUGGGAACCAGCCCCGAGAGGCACGUGAAACGGGAGCAUGCAGAUACACCCUUGGGUGUUGCCAUGGAUACCGACCCAGACACCGACCAGCCCGGACACAUCUCCGGUGAGCAAGUCGAUACCACGGAUAGCACAUACGACAGGAUAGGGGCCCUUGGGCUUCGAGACGGGAGUCAAGUGGGGGGUCUACAAGAAGCGGGUGUGGCUGUAGGGGACGGGCUGAGUACUGCAAGUUCGGUGCUUCCCAAUACAGCCAAUGGAACGGUUACAGAAAGCGAGGGGAGGGGUGUGAUUGGAGAGGCAAUGCGUGUGCUCAGACAAACGCUCCCCGUGGGACUACACAGUCGCCUGCGAUUAAUCAAUGACACGAUACACUACGAAUCCAUGACCCUGUCCCUGGAUGAGAGCAUCAAUCAGUUGGUCGUGUGCUGGGCUUAUAAGGAUGAUACAGUCGUGGAGCAUCUGCUGCCGCAGGUCCGGCAGAGUCUUGCGCAAUAUAUUGUAGUACAGUCAUAGCAAGGCUGUAUCUUGAAAUAAAUAAAGGCAUCGACUACAUAUAGCU